UUAUUAUUACGCUUACUAUAACACUAGUAAUAAUUUACUAUUAUUACUUUUGCUAUUUUGAAUUAAACCAAAUGCAGAGAAGAAAACAUAUGUCGUUUGGAAUUUUCAUUUUUGUUAAACUAUUCCAUUAGAGCUCAUUUGACCCAUGCAUGCCAGCAGUACAUUCAUGCUCAUGAUUGGUCAGGUGGCCAAGAGUUCUUAGCCAAUGAGGGGCAGACUUGUACAGUAUAACAAACAGACAGACGGGCAUUUAAAAGAUGGAGAGAGAUCAGAACAGAACUCCUUGGCCGCAGCUUAAGAGCGGAUACAUACAGAUCACAGGAGCAUCAGCAAGACUCAAUUUGAGAGACCAUGAGCACCCAGUUCAGCAAAGGACCCACAUUUGGACUCUCAGCUGAUGUCAGGAAUAAGCUGGCACAGAAGUAUGACCCUCAGACGGAGGAGGCCCUGAGGAUCUGGAUCCAUGAGGUCACAGGUCGAACGGUUCCUGACAACUUCAUGGAGGGACUGAAGGAUGGCGUGAUCCUGUGCGAGCUGAUCAACAAACUGCAACCUGGAUCUGUUCCAAAGGUCAAUGAUUCAACCCUGAACUGGCACAAGUUAGAGAACAUCACUCACUUUAUUCGAGCCAUCGGUGAAUACGGUCUGAAACCACAUGACAUCUUUGAGGCCAAUGACCUUUUCGAGGACAUGAACCACACCCAGGUCCAGUGUUCCCUCAUUGCAUUGGCUGGAGUGGCGAAGACUAAAGGCUUCUACACAAAAAGUGACAUCGGUGUGAAGUAUGCAGCAAAAAAACUAAGGAAAUUCAAUCCUGACAAGAUGAAAGCAGGGGAUAGCAUUAUCAGCCAGCAGAUGGGCUCCAACAAAUUUGCCAGCCAAAAGGGCAUGACCUCCUAUGGAACCAGGCGUCAUCUCUAUGAUCCCAAUAUAGGCAUGGAGAAACCAGCGGAUCGAUCCACUAUAAACCUCCAAAUGGGCACCAACAAAUGUGCCAGCAUGGCUGGAAUGUUUGCUCUUGGCACGGCGAGACAGGUGACAGAAAAGAACGUGAAUCUAGACCCGGUGGACUCUACAACCGUGUCUCUGCAGAUGGGAACCAAUAAAGUGGCGUCUCAGAGCGGCCUCACCCCGAUGGGAGGCUCACGGCUGGUGUACGACCACAAAUACUGCGCCAAGCCUACUGAACAAGACGCCAUUGAUUUUGUUCAUUAAUACACUUACACUCUGGUAUUCAGCACUGGUAGAUGAUUUCCCUUUCUCCUGAUCCCAGACCAGCUUAACUAAAACAAAUAAUCAUCUUUAUGUGGCUAAUGAAUUAGGCAUACAGUGCUUCAUUAAAGAAUCAAUUAAGCUGGUGUUUGGUUAGUUUAAAGGGGAUCACCACACAAAAACUCCAAAUCGACUGAUUUAGGUGCUUUAUUAUGAGUCAGUCAUAGUCUGCCUUAUAUAUUAACCUUUGUCUUUAAAUUCCUCAAAAUUUGAUGUAACUGGUCUUUAGUCUCAGAAUAUCAGAAGUUA